AGACUAGAAAGCAAAUAAAUUUUAUAUUAACUCCAUCUUUCUUCCCCCUCAUCCAACUCUAACACCCCCAUUCCCAACUUGCCAUGGAUCCGUCGUAUCAUCAGUCAGCCUCCCGUGUAACUGUGCUAGCGAACUUGUUUGGGAUAAUAGCUAUUAUUCUCAUGCUUGUUUGGUUACUGCAUUAUCGCGGCGGUAUUGACCUUGAUUCAAACAAAGCAGAUCGUAUUUUCAAUGUUCACCCAUUUCUUAUGUUCUGUGGGUUCAUCUUUUUUACUGGUCAAGCCAUGAUGGCUUACAAGACAGUACCAGCAGAGAGGACAGUGCAGAAGUUCAUUCACAUGUUAUUCAACCUAAUUGCAAUUGUUGUUGGGAUUGUUGGCAUAUGUGCUGUAUUUAAGUUCCAUGAUAAGCAGAACAUCAUGAAUAUGUAUAGCCUGCAUUCAUGGAUAGGCUUGGGAACCUUCUGCUUGUUUGGCUUGCAGUGGCUGUUUGGGUUCACUGUGUUUCUGGUUUCACAAGCUUCACGGGAAACAAGGAGGAGAGCUGCUCCAUGGCACAUAAAUGGGGGUAGGGCUCUUCUAUACAUGGCAAUAUGUGCAGCUGAGACUGGUUUGAUGGAGAAAGCAACAUUCAUGGAACUCCAGCACGGCAGAGAGUCUCAUUUGAUCAACUUCCUCGGACUAGCAAUCCUCCUCUUUGGCGUUACAGUUGAUCUUUCCGUCGCCCUUGCUCGUUAUAUAUAAUCUUCCUUCGCUUCAUAUUGAUUGCAAAUUUGUAUUGUUUUUUGAAUAUUAAUCUAUGUACUUGUGGAGGAUUAUAUAGUUUGAUUUGAGUGUUACUCGGCUUUGUCAUGGAAUUUUUAAUUGUUCAUAAUAAUUUUGGUCUUUAAAAUUUAUGUUUUUUUAUCAGUUU